CUUUGUCGUAAGUUGUUUUCUUUCUGUUGAGCUCAGGGGCGGGUGGGUGAGGUAGAGAAAGCAAAGCAAAGCAAAGGGUGCACCGGGAAGUAGUUGUAGAUGGGCACUCUGUGGGUGUCUCACUACUUCACCAACUUCUGCGGCGGCGGCGGCGACUGUAACCACCUUCUCCAAUUCCCAACCACCACUCUCACUCUCUCUCUUCCUCCCACCACCCUUGCCAACUUCCAACUGCGCGCUUCUCAAACCACCACCACCACCACUACCACAAGAACAACAAGGAUAAGGAAAAGUCGGAGACUCAAAAGCGACGCCGAGAUCUGCGAUGACAUUCGCCUCUUCCUCGCUUCCGUUGGCCUCCCGGAAGACCACAUUCCCUCUACCAAGGAGCUCUUGCACCAUGGAAGGAAUGAACUGGCCAACAUUGUCAGACGCAGAGGACAUAAACAGAUUAAGGAGCUUCUCACAAGCUCAUUAAACGCCGGCGUUCAUUCAUUAGACCCGGAUAAAAGUUUUGAUGAAAGGCGAGAUGCUGCAAAUGAGUGUGAAAGUCUAUUAACAGGUCAGAAUGAGAGGGUGGACAGUCAGGUCGAUGAGGACACGGCUUCAACUGAAUUUCUUUCAGGGAACAGUUCUAGUAGUUUGUGCACUGGCUCAACUCUGAGUUUAGAUGGAUGCACUUCUGUCCCUUUAGAGUCCUUGGCUAAUUCCACUGUGGAGGAUGGCCUUGGUGAACUCAAUGAUCAUGCUGAAGAUGUCAACAAUGUGGCAGAGGGGAAUUUCUACUCAAGUGAAGUGAUUACUGUGGAUAAUGAUUGCAGUAGUCCAAGGGAAGGUUUUUAUCCGAGCUCUUAUAGCCAAAGUUCCAUGCCUACUGAAAUUUCUGGUGAAACCUCAUCUGUGACAACAUCUUCUGGAAAUUCGGAGUGUGAGGAUCGUUUAGUGGGCAAAACGGCUGGACACAUAACCUUGCCAUCCACAGUUCCUUCCAUGGAAAACCAUUCCAACACUUCAUUUACUGAUUCUGAUAUUGACACUGGAGAUAAAGAGUUAAGUCAUUUGCUACCAACAUUUGAUUUGUCCUUGGAGAAAAAGGACUGGUAUGCAUUAGAAGGUCUAGAUGACAGCAAUGACAAUAUUACUGAAGAUGUUUCCACAACCUCUGAAUUUUCCAUUAGGGGAAACUUAUCUGGUGAGAACAAAAUCAAUUCAGUUACCCAUUCUGCUGAAAGCAGUUCAAUAAACCUUGACAAUUCGGCCAACUUGUCUUUGGAGGAAAGAGUUGCAAAUUUUAUUCAGAAUGGAGAUUUAGAUCCAGUUGAAGAUCAUGUUUCUGGCAUUUCAAACGGAGAUGGUUCUCAGGAAAACAAAGUGAAUAUUGAAUCAAAACCUGUUGUUGAUAUGCCUCUAGACGCCCAUCCACCUAAAGAUAAUAAUGGCAUGCCUCUUAUUGGGAACACGGAGGCUUCAGAAGUGCAAAACCAAAGUGAGAUAAAUCAUCUCAAGUUCAUGCUGUAUCAGAAGGAGUUGGAGCUGUCUCGGCUAAAGGAACAGAUUGAGAAGGAAAAGCUCGCGUUGGCUGUCUUACAAACCAAAGCAGAGGCUGAAAUCAGCAAAGCCAGAAAUCUUAUAGCUGAAAAAGAUGCUGAUUUACGUGUUGCUGAAGAAAGUCUUCCAGGACUCAAGGAGGUUCAGAUUGAUUUCUGUGGCGAUGCUGAUGUCGUGGAGGUGGCUGGUAGCUUCAAUGGUUGGAGUGACCGAAUAAAAAUGGAUCCUCAACCAUCAGCUGGUGUUAUAGAUCUUGUUGGAUCAAGGAAACCCAAAAUUUGGUCAACGACGCUGUGGCUUUAUCCUGGUGUAUUCGAGAUAAAAUUUGUUGUUGAUGGCGACUGGAGAACAGAUCCUCAACGGGAGUCAGUAACAAGGGGCCACAUAUGUAACAACAUUCUAAUUGUAGAUAGAUGAUGCGUUCUGGCUAAGAUCACAAUUGCUAGAUGUAUAUAUAAAAGGGUAACAUGCAAUUGGAAGACGACCAUUUGCUGAGUUUCUGGAUUAUCACAUUUGACAGCAAUAUGGACAAGCACGCUAGAAUGAGCAGCAUUGAGAUUGCAUGUCCUUGACUACCAUCCAGUGUGUACAUUUAGGUCUGAGAUUAAUGUUGAGAUCAUAACAUCACCCGGACUAUGCAGGGAUUAGCUCGGAAUUAGGAGAAAACAAACCAUUAGAAUGAAGAGUUUUGGUAGUUUAACUUCUGUGUCAUCUUUUGUAACUAAUAAAUCUGUCCUGAGCAUGGACAUGUGUUUGGUUUUAAUGCAAAUUUUCCAGCCAUUGAAUUGUACUAUUUUUGCAUUUAGAUUGAUUGAUUGAAUGUACUGGCCUGGGUGCAGAUUUCAUUUUCA